GUGGUGAGGGGAGACAGGCUGCGGGCCUGCCUGGGCGGCGGGGGGCGGGGGGUGCAGCAGCUGCGCGCGGCGCGGGGGCGGGCGUGGAGGGCGGCGCCGCUGCAGUGCGGGGACCCGCUCGCUCGCUCGCUCGCCCGUCGUCCCCGCGCCCCGCGUACCCGCGCAGCCGCCUCCUGGCCUUGGGCGCCGCGCAUCCAGGAAGGAAGCAGCAGCCCUCGCCAUGGCCUCCCCGCCCGCCUGCCCCUCGGAGGAGGACGAGAGCCUGAAGGGCUGCGAGCUGUACGUGCAGCUGCACGGGAUCCAGCAGGUCCUCAAGGACUGCAUCGUGCACCUCUGCAUCUCCAAGCCCGAGCGCCCCAUGAAGUUCCUCCGGGAACACUUCGAGAAGCUGGAGAAGGAAGAAAACAGGCAGAUUUUGGCGCGGCAGAAGUCGAACUCACAGUCGGACUCCCACGAUGAGGAGGUGUCACCCACCCCUCCGAACCCCGUGGUGAAGGCCCGCCGUCGGCGAGGGGGUGUGAGCGCUGAGGUGUACACCGAGGAGGACGCCGUGUCCUACGUCAGGAAGGUGAUUCCCAAGGACUACAAGACCAUGACUGCGCUGGCCAAGGCCAUCUCCAAGAAUGUGCUGUUCGCUCACCUGGAUGACAACGAGAGGAGUGACAUAUUUGAUGCCAUGUUUCCUGUUACUCACAUCGCUGGGGAGACGGUUAUUCAGCAAGGGAAUGAAGGAGACAACUUCUAUGUAAUUGACCAAGGAGAAGUAGAUGUGUACGUGAACGGAGAGUGGGUGACCAACAUCAGCGAGGGAGGCAGCUUCGGGGAGCUGGCGCUCAUCUACGGCACCCCCAGGGCUGCAACCGUGAAAGCCAAGACAGACCUCAAGCUCUGGGGGAUAGACCGGGACAGCUACCGGCGCAUCCUCAUGGGCAGCACGCUGAGGAAACGCAAGAUGUACGAGGAGUUCCUCAGCAAGGUCUCCAUCCUAGAGUCCCUGGAGAAGUGGGAGCGCCUGACCGUGGCUGAUGCGCUGGAGCCUGUCCAGUUUGAAGAUGGAGAGAAAAUCGUGGUCCAGGGAGAGCCUGGGGACGACUUUUAUAUCAUCACAGAGGGCACCGCGUCCGUCCUCCAGCGCCGCUCCCCCAAUGAAGAGUACGUGGAGGUGGGACGCCUUGGGCCCUCUGACUACUUCGGGGAGAUUGCGCUGCUGCUGAACCGGCCCCGGGCGGCCACCGUCGUGGCCCGGGGGCCCCUCAAGUGUGUGAAGCUGGACCGGCCCCGCUUUGAGCGCGUGCUGGGCCCUUGCUCCGAGAUCCUCAAGAGGAACAUCCAGCGCUACAACAGCUUCAUCUCCCUCACCGUCUGAGUGCAGCCCCGCCCCGCAGCCCCAGCUCCCCAGUGUGGUGGCCGUGCUGUGCUCGUCUGUGUCAGGGGCCCGGGAGCCGCUGUGUGAGGUGCGGGCCCGGUGGGGCUGAGUCCCUGUGGCGUGAGGACUGCCCCUUCCCCAGACUCACUUUUUGGAAUAAAUAAUCAUCUUGUGCAUUUCCAAAUCAAAGGACAAGCGGACAAAACUCAUCCUAAGAGCGAGAAAGGGACAGGCCAGGUUCCUCCCCGUACGUCUCCUAGGCCACUGGAGAUGCUUGAGUAUCUCACCUCCCAGAAUUAGGCCAGGACGUUGCCCCUGAGGCCUGGAGACCCGGUGAGGUCAGGUCCCCCAGAAUGAGGUCCGAGUGUGGGCAAGAUUGUGUCAAAAGGGGCUGUCCCCAAGGGAGAUCAGGCUGAGAGCAGGGAGUCUAGUCUGAAGGCCCCUCCCUCAAAUGUGUGCCCCUCCCUACCCCCUGCCACACCCCCACCUCCCCAGAGGUCCUGCUGUGGAUACCAGGGUGGGAGAGUCUCUGGGCUGUGAGGUUGAUCUUGCCUCUAACUGGAGAGGAAGCCAGGUGCUGAGACACGCAGGGCUGCUGCCUUGGGAGCCAGGGCUGUGGCCGCAGGUAGACCCCAUUAGGGGCUGUGUUGGAAGUUCCGUUGGGAGGGGCUGGCAGGACUCCAGCGGUCUGUGCUCACUUUCUUAGGAAGUCCUUCUGUGGCGGGUUGGGCGCACUGACAGAUGCUUGGGGGUCCGUGGGGUCUGCAGUCCCUGCCUGGGCUGACACCCGGGGCGAGAAGAAAACACAAUUUGAGUUUGGGACUUGCCCAGAUCCAGUGAGUUCGGCCGGGGGGUCCCUGUUCUCUCGGAGUUGGGGGUUCCUGGAGACUGUCUGCUUCCACUUGUUUCUGAAGCAGUGUCCCGGAGACCUCGCCAGGGAGAGGAGAGAUUUAUAAAACACACUCUGAUAAAGUCCUGGGAUGUGCCCCUUCCCAGCCCUUCCCCAGCAGACACACCUAAGUCCCAGCCUCCAGGAGACGGGAGCUGGUGGCCCUCCACUCCACGCCCCAGUUCUUGUGAUGUUAGGGAAAAACAGAAGUCAAGGCACCCUCAGGCCCCACACACCUCCAAUGGAUCAACCAACCUGUCCCUUACUUGCGUCUUGAUCCAGCAGUGACGAUGUUAACCAGCCAGGCCCAAAGGGGUGAGGCCAGUACAGAGAGCCUCCCAGUGGCUCCUGGGUGCCCCGAAAGACAAGUUGGAGUCAUGCAGUUUCCUCGAUGUUGCUCCUGUCCCGUCCCAUGCGUGCGUCCGGGGAGGCUGUCCCUGGUCCAAGGCCGCCCCUCCCCUGCUGGUGGUUACAAUGCGUGGGGCCCCUCCCCGCCCAGCCCCGGCCAUGUCUCGUGUCUUCCCCUGCCUGUGAUGUCCCUGUGGACCUGUGAGCCCUCCCCUCCUUAUCUCUGCUCUGAAUGCUGCAUGAACCAUUAAAUGUGCAAUGAAGUA